ACGCAGAAAAGCACGAAAUUGAAAAUCCCCGACCAUCCCUUUCCCAAGUUCCCAACCUACCCUGCAAGCCAUUGCUCUCCUCUCGCCGUCUCGCGUCGUGCAGAGUCCAAGCUCCCACGAUUGACUCCACCGCGACCGAGGGAGGCUGAGAGAGAGAGAGAGACGCCCGCCUCCAGAUCGGCUGGCGGGGAUGGCGGCGUCGGUCUUUCCGGCGCUGCUGCUCGCCGUGGCGGCGGCGGCGGCGCUGCUGCUCCUACCGGCGGCGGAGGCCGUGUGGCUCGAGCUGCCGCCGUCGGGGACCAAGUGCGUCUCCGAGGAGAUCCAGCCCAACGUCGUGGUGCUCGCCGACUACUCGAUCAUGUACGAGUCCCACCCCAGCUCGCACCCCACCGUCGCCGUCAAGGUUACGUCACCCUAUGGAAAUACUGUACAUCAUAAUGAAAAUGCUACAAUGGGUCAGUUUGCUUUCACUACUUCAGAAGCUGGAAACUACCUUGCAUGUUUCUGGAUAGACAGUGUGGAGAAAGGAUCAGGAACAUCUCUAAAUCUUGAUUGGAAGAUAGGGAUUGCUGCAAAGGAUUGGGAUACUAUUGCUAAGAAAGAAAAAAUUGAGGGCGUAGAACUAGAGCUUAGGAAACUUGAAGCUGCAGUUGAAUCCAUACAUCAUAACUUGCUGUAUCUCAAAGCAAGGGAAGCGGAAAUGCGAACAGUGAGCGAGAAAACAAAUUCAAGGGUUGCCUGGUUCAGCAUCCUGUCACUGGGAGUCUGCGUUGCCGUCUCUGUGCUGCAGUUGUGGCACCUUCAAGGGUUCUUCCGGAAGAAGAAGCUCAUUUAAAUCCACGUUUUAUCAGUGUGUACUUCCCGUGUUAACUACCUUAGGAGGACAGUUUUGUCAUAUUUAUUUCAAAAGCAAACUCAUAUGAUGGACAAAACGGCUGGUUGAUGAUACAUGAUACAUGACUUAAUGGCUAGCAACUUAUACUGUGUGGAAUUCAGGUCGUCCUUUCGUCCUGAUCGCCUUGCAGAUGGUAGGAAAUGAUUGGUGCUGCUUGUGCAAUUCCCUCAUUAUAUCUGCCAUACUUUAAAUCCA